UUUUAAGAAACCUAAAAGGAAUCCCUCCCUCUUCAAUCUCUGUGCGAGUCUGUGGAAUCUUGUUAAUAUCAACAAGAAACCCUAAUAUCAUGUACAUGGAAGGUAAAUUGGGGCUCUAUCAAACGGAUUGCGAAUCGAUUCUCUCACAUCUUAAGCACCGAGAUCAACAACUCAAACUCAAGAGAAGAACCAAAUGGUGUCUCUUGUGCAGGUGGUUGAUGGGGUUGCCAAUGUCUAAAUCUGAAAAGGAUCAGCUUUUACAAUAUAGGUCAUUGCCUGAAUCUUUGCUUAGGGAUGAUGAUAUAUUCUAUGAAACUGUGAAAAGGCAUGUUGAACAAGCAUUUGGAGUACAUAUUGAUGAAAGAGAGGAUAAUACUAUCCAAGAAGAUAAAGUAGUCUCUGGCGUAUCCAAUCUGAAAAGGUUCCUUCUAUCAUGCCUUGAUGCUUUGACAAAUAAGGGGCUGUUCCUUCUUGCCAUUUUACUAACAAGAGGCUCGGUCAACUUUGAAAAAACCCGUCCAAAGAUGAAAAAGGUGAUCAAAGAAUUAAUUCCAAGGGUUUUUCGGGAUCAGAAUAAUAGUGGGCAAAAAGAUAUUUUUACACAGCUAUCUCAACUUCUCAAGGAUCCUCAAAAUGUCAAAGACAAUUGUUUGACACUCUUGUUCCCCACAUGUCAUUCACAUCAUGCUUCUGCUAUUAAAAUACUGGAAAGACUAGAGGAUUUGUCUUCUGAAACCCUGCUUGCUAUGCGCAGGAAACUUAGAGGUGUCACAGCUAGUACUCCUUGUUUACAACAAAACAGACAUGGAUUUAGCCGAGGACAGUUAAUUUAUAAUGUGAGGAGCAGUAUUGAGAAAAUGCUUUCAGAAGUUGUUGGAGGGGAAGAGUUACAAGCACCGUUAGCCAAGGCACUUGCUGUAGCAAGUUUAUCACUAAAACUAACAACAGGCUAUUCAAAUUCCCCUGUAGUAGACUUUGAGCAGUUCUCACCAGAAGUAAAAACCUUGCAGAAUGAUAUAGCAAAAGCUAUUUGGUUACUCGAAACAAAGGUUAGAAUAUCAGAGCUGAAAACCUUGCAGCUUCUUUUAGACCCUCAUGCUAAAGUCUCAAAUGGGUGUUUAAGAACAGCGAUGAAGAAAAUGUUAACUGAAUAUCUUUUUGAAUGUAGUGAUUUAGAUACAAUUCCUAAAUCUUUAUUAGAAGCUCUUGCUAUUAUCAACAGGGGUUCUAGAAGCACACCAUGCUUCCUUAAGGAAGAAAUUGAAGAAGAGUUGGAAUGCAUAUUAAGUGUAAGUGCUCAAAUGAAGCAGAUAGUCUGGGAUUUGCUUCCUGCCCGUGAGUUUGAUGAGGAUUUUUCUGAUGCAUACAUGGAAGAAUUAGAAGAAAGCGAUGAUGGUGGGGUUGAUGAUGAUGGUUAUCAUGAUAAAAAUGAUGAUGAUGGUCAACAUGAUACAAACGAUGCUCAUACUGGUGACGGUGAUGAUGGUGGUCAUCAAGUUCAACGUAGAAACAUUCUGAGUAGUAGGACUUAUUCUGUUAGUUUGGAUAAUCUAGAAGAGAGUUGUGGGGAGUUUGUACCAAUGGGUUCCAAGCCAUCAAUUUCUACCCCUGAUGGGAGUUGUGGUUCCACUGUGUGGCAAGAAAAAAGAAAUCUUGAUGACAUUCUUGAUGUGGACAUGACUUGGUUUGAAGUCGAAAGUAUGGGCAAAUUUGGGACAUCAAGAGGAAAUAGUUUUUCCCCACACUUUCCUUCUAAUGGAAGGUUAAAUAACAUAUCUAUCAAAGAAAAUGAACAUGAACAGGGUACUAAAGGAGAUUGGGGAAAUUCACAGGGUUUGCCCUCUACUAACUUUUGCACUAGAAAGGUAAAAUUUAUCUCCAAUAAGAAAGAUUCACAUACCAAUAUAUAUUUAGGCGUCCAAGAAGUUUGUGAUGAGACGAGCAUGGUUGCCUACAAUCUAAUUGGUUGUAUGAUGGAGAAGUUUGCACAAGAAGAAGGCUUAAAUUUAGAUUGGAGUGAUAGUUCAUAUCUUAGAGGGGAUUACUCGAGUCAAGAAAAUGAAGAAGAAAAGAUGAAUUCUUCUGAGAGAAGGGUAGAUGGUUCAGUUAUUGUUCAAGUUGUUGAAGAGCUACUACCUUCCCUUCCAAAGAGUAAAAUGGAGAAACUGAAGGAGUUGAUAGGCAUUCUUUGAGCCUUUGGUGGUUACUAGAUUAUGUUUGAGUACCCCAGAAUUCUUGUGGUGGUUACAAAUGCUUAUGUUUUUUGAUCAAGCCUGCCCAUUGAGGAUUUUUCUGUUGACCUCCAGACUUUGUUAAAUAGGUGUGAGCCACUUGAGCAAGGAACUUGGAUCAAGUCAACAAGAUUUCUCAACUUAAGAUGAUAACACCAUCAAUUUUGACAGAUCAUUGUACAGAAGAUCGGAUAGAGGAAGAAUUUAGUCAUGCUAACAGCCAUAAUUUAGUCAUUGAUAUAGGUUAGCCUUCUCUAUAUUUCAAGUUAAUGAUUAAAAUAGUGACAAGAUUGCAGUUGAGUUGCAAGAAGUAUCACAUUGUUGCGGGAAAUGACCCAUUCAUUGGAAAAUUUUGUGUAUUACCUCCCAGGCGUAUUCAGAUGUAUUUUAUUCAUUUAUUUAUGAAUUUUUCUCCCAA